CGCCCCAUAACAUAGGUCUGUAAGUUUGUAAGGUAAAUGGGAAGAUGAUUGCCCGCUUUUAAUAACGAAUUUGCCCGCUCUUCAUAACGAAUUUGCCCACUCUUAAUAACGAAUUUGCACGGAAACAUACAUACACGUUCCCACUGACUGAUCCGUAGUUAAUCCAUGCUAUUUCCAUCAUUUCUUUUAGAAAUUCUUUAAAAUUGGAUUUAAAAAUAUAGUUUUAGUCGAAAACAUUUUCAAAUCUUCAAACGUGUUACGUUAUUUCACCAGUGAUUUUUUUUUUUGUUAUUUUUGUACGCAUUAUAGAUAUUUAAAACUUCUCAUUAUCAGUCAUUAUCAGUGUAGGUGGCAAUAAAGCAAGAUUGUGAUUAUAAAAUCGACUCGUGCGAAAAUAGUGCAGUCUAAUAAACCGAAGUGAGGUUAAGUAUCCAUAUCCAGUUACCUGAAGAAACGCCCAUUUUCCUCCCGAAGACUAAUUUUGCGUUUGUUAAUCGCAAGGUCUCAUAUAGGUAGGUAUCUGCCAUCGCAGCACACGCAAUGGUAGGAAAAUACAGACCACUGGGUUUGAAGAAAUACGUUACAAGAGACUAAAACUAUCUUCUGCCUUCGUUUGAAAGUCCAAAACUAAAGCGUUUUGUCUGAACUUGAAGCACCUUGCAGUAUACUAUCUUAGACGCUUGUGUUGAAGAGGUAGACGUCUGCAUAAGUAUUUUGGAUAUUUAACUGAAAUGGGAAGAAGACAGGAUGACGAAAAUUUUAGUUUUGUUAGCCCGUGCAUCAAAUAUUUACUUUUCUUUUUUAACUUUAUAUUCUGGGUGAUUUCAAUGGUAUUGAUGUCUGUAGGGGUGUAUGCAAGGAUCGAGAAACAUGCUGAGGCGGCGUUGGCCUACCUGUCAUUGGAUCCAGCCAUCCUGCUGCUGGUUGUUGGCGUGCUCAUGUUCUUCCUCACCUUCUGUGGCUGUGUUGGCUCCCUGCGUGAAAACAUCUGCCUGUUGCAAACGUUCUGCAUCUCUUUGAUUGUGGUGUUCCUGCUGCAGCUGGCCACUGGGGUCCUGGGCUUCAUCUUCUCCAAUAAGGCUCGAGCUAAAGUGACUGGGAUGGUGAACGACGCUAUUGUUCACUACAGGGAUGACCUGGACUUACAAAACCUCAUCGAUUUUGGGCAGAAAGAGUUCAGCUGCUGUGGAGCGAUCUCCCACAAAGACUGGACCCAGAACAUCUACUUCAACUGCAGCACGCUCAACCCCAGCCAAGAGCGAUGCUCUGUGCCUUACUCCUGCUGCCUAGUGUCCAAAAACGAGAGCAUCAUAAACACCAAAUGUGGCCACGGGAUGCAGGAUAUGAAAGAGAGUGAAGUCAGCAUUUUCAUCAACACCAGCGGCUGCAUUGACAAGCUUGUCGACUGGAUCCACAGCAACCUUUUUCUGCUGGGUGGUGUAGUGCUGGGCCUUGCUAUUCCUCAGGUGCGUUCCAGGUGUGUUCCAGCUGGUGGGGAUGCUUCUGUCCCAGACACUAAUCAACCAGAUCAAGGACCAGAUUGAGCUACAGGAGAAUCAUUCCCGCCAUCAGUGAGCGAUGUGGGGUGUCGCCAUGACUACGACCCUUGGCUGCCCGUCUCUCCGUCUGCCAGACACUUUGUAUAAAUGUGCCCAAGCACCGGGGGCCAUAAUACUUCCUUUAAUACUAAAAGCAUUUAUAUUGGGCUCUGUGUCCUGAAAUGCCAAAUCACUGUACAGUGUUUAUAACAUUGUGUCACCCAACUGUUUCAUGUGUGGCAGCUGUUCUGCCUCCAAAAGCUUUUUUUUUAAAAUUAAGCAGUUGCUUCGAAAAAAGACACUGGCUUUGCUUCUUCAGUGGAGCAUUUCUGGCAAUUCAAGGUAGUCAUUUGUUUUAAAAAUUAAAGUUUCAGAUCAUUUAAGAAUUUAUAACGAUGCUUUUAUAGUAAAAAAAAAAGGUAAUUUUCUGAUGAUACAUACGUCCAUCUACAAGACAAGGGACAGCCUGGGCCGGUGUCGCCUUCUGAAUAGACUAAAGAUGACGUCAUAAUGCCGAGGUCGUAAAAUUUCCCCAGAUGAAUAUCUAUUCCUGUCUUAUUUGGUUUUGUGAAAUUUCAGUUUUAACAUACUUAUAUAUGUAGAUAUAAUGCAUACUGUAGUCAGUGUGCAUGUCAUUUUAAUAAAAACAGUGAUGAUGGCUCUUUUAAAAA